AGCCCCGUGCCUCAGUUCUCACAGCGCGCCGAGCCACCGCUAUUCCUCUCAAUGUUAUUUUUUUACCCAGCCAAGUGAACAGCUAACUCCGUUAUCCAUGACGUAGUCGGUUCACUCCUCGCCAGUAUGAGAUGGGCAAGACACAAGACAGCAACGAUUCGAGGGAGGGGCACGAUAGGGGUGGUUUCGCCUCCGGCAGAGGGAUGUGCAAGAGACAUAAAUGCCAGCGCCUCUCUCGAUUUGCAAGCAGUGACUCUCGAGCAUUCCUCAGGUGGCCCAACGUCCUCAAGACCCAAUCAAGGAGCACCAACAUCAGCUGCUGCCCACAAGACAGGGCAUCAAAAAGACCACCCUUGGAAAACCGAGCGUUUCUGAACCAUGGACAGCGAGGAGUAUCGAAGAAGGGGCAAGGAAAUGGUCGAUUACAUCGCCGACUAUUUGCAAAACAUUCGCGACCGACGCGUUUUCCCAGCCGUCAAACCUGGCUACCUGCGUCGUCUCGUCCCUUCCGCCGCCCCUGACGAACCUGAACCCUGGGAAACUAUUUUUGGAGACGUGGAAAGGGUCAUCAUGCCUGGGGUAACGCACUGGCAAAGUCCACACAUGCAUGCCUACUUCCCAGCUUUGAAUUCGUACCCGUCCCUCCUUGGGGACAUGUUAGCCGACGCCAUCAACUGUCUGGGAUUCACUUGGGCUUCCAGUCCGGCGUGCACCGAGCUGGAAACGGUCGUGAUGAAUUGGUUGGGCCAAAUGGUGGGGCUACCUGAGGACUUCCUCCACCUGCGCGGGGACAGUCCCGGCGGCGGCGUCAUCCAAACCACGGCCAGCGAGGCGACCUUCGUGUGUCUCUUGGCGGGAAGAACGGAGGCCAUCAGGCGAUACCAACAGGAGUACCCUGACCUGGAGGACGCCGAGAUCAACAGCCGUCUCGUCGCAUACUGCUCUGAUCAGGCCCAUUCCUCCGUAGAAAAAGCAGGCUUGAUCGGUCUCGUGAAGAUGCGUUACAUUGAGUGCGACGACAACCUGAGUCUUCGCGGGGACCGCCUGAAAGAGGCCAUUGCUCACGACCGGGAAAAGGGCCUCAUUCCUUUCUUCCUUUGCGCAACUUUGGGCACAACUGGGGCGUGCGCCUUUGACAACCUCAAGGAACUGGGGCCAAUUUGCCUCGAGGAACAAAUGUGGUUCCACGUGGACGCUGCCUACGCAGGCACUGCAUUUAUUUGUCCCGAGUUUAGAGGUUGGCUGGAUGGUGUUGAUCACGCAGACUCGUUUGCUUUCAACCCCAGCAAGUGGAUGAUGGUUCACUUCGAUUGUACCGCCUUGUGGGUGAAGAACAGUGGGUCGCUGCAUCGCACAUUCAACGUUGAGCCCUUAUAUCUCCAACACGAAAACUCGGGUCUUGCAAUUGAUUACAUGCACUGGCAAAUUCCUCUGAGCAGACGGUUCAGAGCUCUCAAGUUGUGGUUUGUGAUUAGAAACUUUGGAGUUCAAGGGCUUCAGCGGCACGUGAGGGAGGGGGUUCGUUUGGCGGCCAAGUUCGAGUCUCUGGUGCGCAGCGACCCGCGCUUCGAAAUCGCGGCGGCCCGCCACUUGGGCAUGGUUUGUUUCCGACUGUGCGGCGAGAACGAGUUGACGGAGAAACUGCUGAAGAAGCUCAACUCGGGCGGCCAACUGCACUGCGUGCCGGCCUCGCUGUGCGGCCGCUACGUCAUCAGGUUCACGGUGACCUCGCAGUACACGACGGCCGCCGACAUCGCCAAAGACUGGAGCGUGAUCAGGGCGACCGCCUCCCGAGUGCUCGACGAGCAAAAGGAGCGGCCAAAAGUGGCCGUCGAUGACGCGUCCAUCACUCCAGAGGCCAGGGCCAAGGUUCGACUCGCAGAAACGAGAGAAAAGAAUGCCGACUUUGGCUCCAGCCUGCUGCUGGCGAAUUCACCAAUGUCACCCAAGAUCGUCAACGGCAGUUUUGCUGCUAUCUUUGAGCACUCGGACGUUCUGAGGGAGUUUGCUCGAAAAUUUUCGCAGCUUCGACUUGACGUGAAAGAGAGUCCAGCAAUGAGGCGCCGAAUUCGUGGAAUGAUGAUGUCAGGAAAGCAGUUUUCACUGGACUCGCGAAUGGAUUUGGUGCAAAGCAGUUUAGCCAGGGGUGAUCCAACUGCCGGGUUGCCGUUGAUGAGAGAGGCGUCUAUCGAGUCCGAGCAAAGUGUAGACACAGGUGGUGAAAACGGAAGAUCCAGGUCAUUUGACGGGCCAGAAGACGGCUGCAUUUACGAGGAAGAUGAAACUGGUGAUGGAGGAAUCAUGAAGAUUCGCAAAACAUGUCACAGGUGCGGCCACUGUUUGGCAGCUCAACGUGCGCCAGAAAGUCAGUAAACGCAACGAUUCCAUAUAAAACUCACAACAAGUAAAAAGUAAAACCGAUUGCAAUUUAAUAAUAUAAUAAAUAACAAGUAACAUAACAAGUUAAUCUGGCUUGAAAAUGAAGAAAAUAGGAAGAAAGAAAUUUAAAUUCCAAAAAUCAAAUUUUAGGGAUAAUGACCAAAUUUAAAUAGCUGUACCCUUUCAUUGUUGGCUCAUCUUUUUUAAUUUGCUCAUUUUUAAUUAAUUUCAUUAGACGGAAUGAGUCGAUUCAAUGUGAACUCUGAUAAAAAUAUUAAUCCAGCAAAAGGCCCGUGGGCGCCUGCCUAUUUACAAAUUAUGCAAUACGCGCAUCGUUGGUGUAAGGCAAGUUGCAUAGCCAAUAUGCUUAAAAUUAAUCAACUAGAUGAUAAUAAUCCUCACUUUCCAUCGAUUAAGAUAUUUGUGUCUAAUUAAUUAUCCAGACGUAAUUAUGGAAAAAAUACUGCUGUGCAAUGACAAAUGAUUAUAAAAUUAAUAACGCUUCGUUUUAAUGAAAUUAUCAGUGUAAAUCGGAGCACAUUGCUGUUAUGGCUUAAAUGUAACUCAAAAGCAUAAAUACUAAUAAUAAAAAAUAUUAUACACCAAGGAAAGGAAUCAAGAUGUAGAAAGUUUUUAUUGCUUUGUUAGAUAUAAUUUUAUGAAAAGUAACAUGUGUGAUGAAAAACUCGCGCAUUUGUUGUAGGAGCAAUAAAAAUAAAUAAACUUUGUGUUGUAUGUGCCAAA